UUCCUCCCCACCACGCACGGCACUGCCCCCCCCACCCCCCGCGUCUCGGCUGGCUCAGCUCAGCUCCCUCUGCUCCUGUUCCUGCACUGGUGUGGUGAUAGAAUUCAGCUGUUUCCAAGAUCGACGCCGACAUGGGCUUCCCCGUGGGGUACUCGGAGCUGCUCCUCCCGAGGCUGCUGCUCCAGGUGCUCCUCGUCCUCGGCCACCUCCACCGCUUCCUGCUCUGGGCGUUCCACGCCGUCGGCCUCGGCGACCUCAUCGACAACCCGCCCCUGGCGGACACCGAGCAGGAGCUGCUGCAGGGGCGCGGCGGGGUGGCCGAGGCCUGGGCCUCGGCGUCGUCGCCCGCGCUGCAGCACCGCCGGCCCGAGUUCAGGGCGCUGCCGCCUAUGGCCAUCGAGGAGGCGCUCCCCGUGGUGCGGUUCGACGAGCUGGUGGCGUCCGCCCCGGCGGCCGUGUGCGGGGGCGGCGACUGCGCCGUCUGCCUCAGCGGCAUCGGCGGCCGCGACGAGGUGCGGCGGUUGUCCAACUGCCGCCACGUCUUCCACCGCGGGUGCCUCGACCGCUGGAUGGCGCACGAGCAGCGUACCUGCCCGCUCUGCCGCGCGCCGCUCAUCCCCGACGAGCUCUUGCCCGCGGCCGCCGCCGCCGCCGGCCUGCCCGAGCCGUCCGACUACGACCUCUCGUACUACCCAUCCCCGCUGCCGCUGGCGCCCACCCCGACGCUGCUGCGACCACACGAGCUGCUGCUCAACGGCUUGGGCGGUUUCCAGUGACCCGCCGCCAACCCACCGGUCCGGUCAAUUUCGUCGCAACCGGCAUGACCGCCGCCAACUCACAGCAGCUGCUCGACUACACCACACGGGCGCACGGCUGAGAAAAAGCGUCCUGAUUUGUACAUAGGCGCCAACCAAGGAAAACCCACCACAAAAAAACACAAGUAGGAAUAGUUUGCUGCUAUGUAGGCCGAUUCCAUCUUCCAAGCCUGCGAAGUUGCGAAUCCUUUUUUUUGCAGAUUAUUAAAUUUGUUGGAAACAGAGCAGUUUGGGUGCUUGCUAAUUUGGCAGGCCGUUUACUUCAAUCUCCUCUUUGUGCCA